CUGAGCCCGUCCUCUGCACCCACAGGGUCGCGUUCGCACCAAAACCGUGAAGAAGGCGGCGCGGGUCAUCAUUGAGAAGUACUACACCCGGCUGGGCAACGACUUCCACACCAACAAGCGCGUGUGUGAGGAAAUCGCCAUCAUCCCCAGCAAGAAGCUCCGCAACAAGAUCGCGGGCUAUGUCACGCACCUGAUGAAGCGCAUCCAGCGAGGCCCCGUGAGAGGCAUCUCCAUCAAGCUGCAGGAGGAGGAGAGGGAGCGGAGAGAUAACUACGUCCCCGAGGUCUCGGCCCUGGAUCAGGAGAUCAUCGAAGUGGACCCUGACACCAAGGAGAUGCUGAAGCUUCUGGACUUCGGCAGCCUGUCCAACCUGCAGGUCACUCAGCCCACCGUCGGGAUGAACUUCAAAACGCCUCGGGGAGCCGUGUGAGCCUUCCCACUGUCAGAUUUUCAAUAAACGCCACUGCUGCCA